AUGGUUCCCACCGAGUUCGCAUAUCGGCCAAAAGGCCAGUUGAAAGGGAAACUGCAGCGAUCGACAAGGGACCUCGUCGGUCGUUCAGCAGCCAUGUGGGAUAAUUCAAAAUAUCGCUACCAUCAGUCGACAAUGGAAAUAUGGCACAAAUCAGCAGAUACAUUAAAUGAUUCGAAGGAUCGGUGUCAUCAGUCAGUUAGAUUGAUGCUAUAUCGAUCGAUGUCAAAAUGGAAUCAACCAGCAGAUCAGUUACACCGAGCCGCUCGUAUUGACGACACGACACAACAUGUGACAGCGCGCGAUGGGGAAACUCAAGAGCAAACGCCCCGGCAAUCACCCCCACAAUCACGAUUUUACUCACGGGUACUCAAUUCGCAAUCAACAAACUCAUCAGCAAAUCCAAAGACCACUUCACCCUCUACAAAAGUGGCAUCGAUCAAAUCUGCCUCGGUCAUUGGUCCUUCACUAUCUCCGGAGGAGCAGAUCAGAGUGUUUUACCAAGCAACUGUACCCGUCAAUUCCACGGUGAAGCAGGCGAGACAGUUGCGAGAUGACAAAAUAACAGUCCUGGGUGAGAUCGAGCUUGAGUGGAUCAACUCGACCAUCACCGAUGCCGAGAAUGGCGCCAAUGAUUUAGCCGCGUUUGUGAAGCAAUUUAAACAAACCGGGCCCCAAUACCACAGCAGUUGGAAGCGUCGUGACUAUGAAGUUGCCCUGAAAAAGGAAUCCGAUAUGCUUCUUUCUCAUGGCAAAGUCAAGACGGUUCUUAGCCACCUUGGCUCACUACAAAUCAGUUUGGGCAAGGAUGAAGGAUUCUUCUCUCCAUCUGAGGUUUCGACGGUUCGUCCUCCGAUUUCGGAACUUCCAUGCGAGACAAGAGUCAUAUCGGUCUUUGAACUUCCAUGCAUAUCACCUAUGAAAGCUGACCGACCUAUCCCGAAAAUUGUGGUGACACACUAUGAUGGUGAUCAUGACGAUAAUGAAGUAUACUCCCAUACCUAUGAAAGUCCUCCCCAAAGCUACGAAGUAAAUGGGAUGAAUAGCAUGGCAGAGUCACAGUGA